ACCUCCGGAGGCUUUGGGGGGCUCUGAGCACACUGUGCCUGCCCGCGGGACUGAAGCAGUUCCAUGACACUGGCGCUGGGGCUGCUGCUGGGGCUCCUCUGUGGGGUCACGAGUGGGCUCCACUCCCUGCGCUAUUUCCACCUGGCAGUGUCAGAGCCCAGCCGGGGGCUGCCCCAGUUUGUGUCUGUGGGGUGCAUGGACGGGAGCCCCAUCACUCGCUACGACAGUGAGAGGAGGAGGAUGGAGCCCCUGGUGCAGUGGAUGAAGGCCAACCUGGACCAGCAGUACUGGGAUGGCCAAACCCAGCUAGGGCACAGCAACCAAGAGAUUGCCCUCCUGAGCCUGGGGAGAGUGCAGGGACGCUACAACCAGAGUGGGAGGGCUCACACGCUGCAGGAAAUGAUUGGCUGUGACCUGCUGGAGGAUGGCAGCACCAGAGGGUACUAUCAGAGUGCCUAUGAUGGGAAGGACUUCAUUGCCUUGGACAAGGACUCCAUGAGCUUCAGCGCGGCGGACGCGGCAGCUGUGGUCACCAAGAGGAAGUGGGAGGAGGAUGGGACAGUGGCUGAGGAGAUGAAGCACUACCUGGAGAACACCUGCAUGGAGUGGCUGAGGAGAUACCUGAGCUAUGGGCAGGCUGAGCUGGAGAGGAAAGAGCCUCCCACGGUUCGAGUGAUCAGGAAGGAGACCCAGGGGACCCUGACCUUGUCCUGCCGCGUUUAUGGCUUCUACCCGCGGCCCAUCGCCGUCAGCUGGCUGAAGGGCACCGAGGUGCGGGACCAGGACACCCAGCGGGGCAGCAUCGCCCCCAACAGCGACGGCACCUUCUUCACCUGGGCCUCCAUCGAGGUCCUGCCGCAGGAGCGGGACCUCUACCGCUGCCGAGUGGAGCACUCCAGCCUGCCCCAGCCCGGCCUCUAUUCCUGGGAGCCGCAGGCGCCGCCGCUGUCCAUGGUGCUGGCGGUGGUCGCGGCGAUGUUCGCCGCCUUGGCUGUCGUCGGGAUCGGGAUCGGCGUCUGGAAGCGGAGAUCAGGGCAGCAGCUGAAGGGCUACAACCUGACCGCACCGGGUGAGUAGCUGCCGCUGCCUGAGCACUGCCACAAGGACCAGCCUCGCCCUGCCUCCAGCAGCUUCUCCCAGGUCCCACCACACCUCCACCACCCUCAGCAAUAUGUUUGGUCUCCAUUUUGGGAUCACCUCCAGCUGCCACCUGCUGCCUUCUGCUUGGGGUUCUCCUGGCUGGUCA